GAGAGAGGGGAGCAGGCAGGCACAGGUACCGGCGAGCACCCACCCACCCACAGUGGGGAUUCACACAGACACAGACACAGAGAGGAAGACAGGCUCUGUUAGGCAGAGGGAGGCACAAGAGAGAGGGCGAUUCAGACAGGGAGAAAGGUAGAGAGAAAGUGGGGAGAGCGAAGGGGGUUGACUGGGAGAGGGAGAAGGUCCGGAGAGCUGAGUUAAGCUGCCCUCCCUCUGCUCUCAAAAGGGAGAGUAAGGAACCGUCAGCGAAAGUCCGGUGAAAUCUAGAAUAAGACACUGGGGAAGAGAGAUACAGAGAGCCGGAGGCUGAAGAGAAGUGUGAUGAUGGGAACAGGGCAGUGAGAGACCGGAGAUCCGGGUCCGGGCCCAGCGCAUCUGCCGGCAACAAAACGAGGAGGAGUCUGGAUGCAGAUUUGACAGGCGAACAUCGUCCGGAGGAGUCUGAAUCUGAACAGGGCAAUUGUUAUCUUCAGUAACAAGGUGACCAUGUACAGGAGCCAGAAAAACCUUUCAGUCCCAGCGAUGUCUUCUGUAAUAGUUUCGAUGUUCUUUAGGCGAGCAUGCGUUUCAAAGCUUGGGGACCUGUUGUACAUCUGCUUCUAUCUGACCAUAUUGAGUUCAUUUACAAGUGCAAGUACAGAGAACUGUUGGACAGUAGCGAAUCAAAAAGGCAUGCUUGCGCGAGUCAGACAGGGAAGUGUAUUUGUGGUGGAAGCCAGCUCUUCUCAGUCUUGCAGAGAAGCCUGCUGUCGAAGAUGCCAUUGUAAUGUGGCAUGGCUACUGGAAGGGAAGUGUUACCUGUUGGACUGCAGAUUACGAGGAAACUGCCAGUUUAACAAAACAGACAGUUCCAACUCUAUCCUAAUAUUUAUUGAUAAACUUCUGCCUUGUGGGGAUUCGCAGAGUUCUAAUCACAGGAUUAUAAAAUAUAAUUUUCUUGCCAAGGCUAAAAUUCUUAAUUUGACCAGAAUGAACAGAACUCCAGUUACAGGCCAAUUACUUGGAAAUUCUUUGGUCGCAAAGGAAAAUAACACAUUUACCAGGACCAGACGUGAGGCAUCUGCACCCUCUGAUAGUCUUGCAAAGCUUCCAAAAAUUGAAGAUUCUACUUCGCAACAAACACAAGCAACACAGCCCAUCGGAGAUGAUAAUAAGAAAUUACGUACAUCUGAAAAUGUAGAUCAGCAAAGCACUCACUAUUCAAAAUCACAACAAAAUGCAGGAAAAGAUGAACAGUCUCAUAGAAAAAGCAUCAAGGAAAAUAAUAACACUGUGAAUGACCAAAAUACUGAAAGAUCUGCUCCCAUCUUAGAUGAGCAAAAUUUAACAACGAUGCAGGCUCUGCAGCCAAAGGUUGGUAAAGAAAACCCUUUGCCAAAUGCUGCCUCUUUGGUCAUUCCUCAAGAUUCCAAAUUGACCACUCCAUCAUCCAACCAAAUGAACGCAACGAAUGACAGCAUAAAUGGAACAUUGUCAGUAGUCACGGCUGCACCCCCACUCCUGAACACCACUGCUGUAAUUCAGCCUACAACUCGUCCACCCAGUGUCACAGAUGCCACUGCAGUGAAGGAACUGAUUGUUUCUGCUGGGGACAGAGUGGAGAUAACUCUGCCAACGGAUAAGGUUGAUCUGAAUGCCUUUGUGUUACCCCCUUCCACAGAAGGCUAUAAAUAUGAUUGGCAACUAAUUAUUCACCCACAUGACUAUAUGGGAGAAAUGGAGGGUCAACAAUUGAGUACACUGAAACUCUCCAAACUUUCAGCUGGUUUCUACAUGUUCAAGCUAAUAGUUCAAGGAGACAAUGCAUAUGGAGAAGGCUCAGUGAAUGUGACUGUUAAACCAGCACCUCGUGUAAAUCAGCCCCCAGUGGCUGUCGUGUCUCCAAAACUGCAAGAGAUCUCACUGCCAACAACGUCUACUUUUAUUGAUGGAAGCCAGAGCACAGAUGACGAUAAAAUCGUAAGCUACCAAUGGGAGGAGGUGAAGGGUCCAUUGCGAGAGGAGAAGGUGUCAGCAGAUACACAGAUACUGAAGCUGACUAACUUGGUCCCAGGAAAUUAUACAUUCAGCUUAACAGUUGUGGAUUCUGAUGAAGCCACCAACUCAGCAACAGCAUAUGUAAUGGUGCAUAAAGCAGUGGAUUAUCCGCCUAUAGCUAACGCUGGAGCAAAUCAAGUCCUUACGCUACCCAAGAAUUCCAUCAUGCUUUAUGGCAAUCAAAGCACAGAUGACCAUGGAAUUAUUAGCUAUGAGUGGUCCCUAAGUCCAAAAAGCAAGAGCAAGGUAGUUGAAAUGCAGGGUGUACGGACAUCAUCACUCCAACUAUCAGCAAUGCAGGAAGGGGACUACAUCUUUCAACUAACAGUUACCGAUUCAGUAGGCCACCAGGCUACCGCGGAGGUGAUGGUUAUAGUACAACCAGAAAAUAACAAAGCCCCAGUGGCAGACUCAGGACCUGAUAAAGAGUUGACACUCCCUGUGGACAGCACAACUUUGGAUGGCAGCAAAAGCACAGAUGACCAGAAGAUUAUAUCCUACCUUUGGGAAAAAGUGAGUGGCCCAGAUGGUGUGAAAAUUGAGAAUGCGAACAGUGCCAUUGCCAUAGUAACAGGUCUCCAGGUUGGGACUUAUGUGAUUACACUGACGGUGAAAGAUGAAAGAAAUCUGGAGAGUCAUGAUUCUGUUCGCGUUAUUGUGAGGGAAGAAAUCAAUAAGGCUCCAGUUGCUAAGAUAACAAAGAAUGUUGUGAUUACACUUCCUAAUAACACAGCGAUGCUUGAUGGAUCAAAAUCAUCAGAUGAUAAUGGAAUCGUCAGCUACCUGUGGAUGCGGGAUGAGAGCAGCCCAGCAGCUGGAGAUGUGCUGAAUAACUCUGACCACCAGCCUGUGCUUUUCCUAUCCAAUUUGGUUGAAGGUCUUUAUACAUUUCGUUUGAAAGUAACUGAUGCGAAAAGAGAAAAUCAUGUGGACAGAGCAACAUUGGAAGUUAGACCAGAUCCCAGAAAGAAUGACCUUGUAGAAAUUAUCUUGGAUGUCAGUGUCAGCCAGUUAACUGAAAGGCAAAAGGGCAUGCUGAUCCGGCAAAUAGCUGUCCUACUGGGAGUCCUUGAUUCAGAUAUCACUGUGCAAAAGAUACAGCCCUACACUGAACAGAGCACGCAGAUUAUUUUCUGUGUAAGGAAUACACAAAUACAUCAGGUAUUGAAGGGACAGGAUGUUGCUCGCAUAUUGAAGAAUAAAUUUCGAAAACAGAAAUCGGACUUCCUAGUUUUUCGUGCUCUCCAAGUAGCUACAGUCAUUUGUCAGUUGAAUUGCUCAGACCAUGGUCGGUGUGAUUCUUUCAAUAAGCGCUGCAUAUGUGACCCAUUCUGGAUGGAGAACUUCAUUCGAGUUCAUCUGGGAGAUGGAGAAAGUAAUUGUGAAUGGAGUGUGCUCUAUGUUGUCAUAGCUGCAUUCGUCAUACUUGUCUCCAUUGGCAUUUUAGUGUGGAUGGUCCACUGCUUCUGUAAAAGACGAAAAGGAAAGCCUAGAAGAAAAAGCAGAUAUAAGAUAUUAGAUGCAACAGAUGAUCAUGAAAGUAUGGAAUUUAAGACUACUUCAAAGCCAGUUGGCAGGCAGAAAGCUCCAGCACAGAACACCAGCUUAAUGGUUUCGGAAUCUGAACUUGACAGUGAUGAAGCCAUCUUCACCUGGCCAGACAGAGAGAAAGGGAAAUUACUGCAAAAUCAGAAUGGAUCAAUCCAUAAUGGACAAAUAGUUCAUAAAACUAAGAAACACAGAGAAGCAGUCCUAUAACUGGAAUCGACUUGUCCGACCUGUAAAAACUAUAGAUCUAGGGUAGAACCUGUCUCCCAGUAUUACACUGUUUCUGCUCAGUAAAAUGAAGAUUGAUCUGAAGCAAUAGUGACUGCUACAUGGAGAAGUUGUGUGCAAUCCCUGUGAAAUAUGUCAGUUCAAUCGCCCAAUUCUUAAACUGCUCUGCAUAAGUUCACCAGAACUGGUUUCUCAUUUGAAGUCCAGAGAAAAGACACAGGCGAGAUGCAAACUGGUCAUGAAAAAUGUAUAUGAUUGCAACCGUAGCAUUUCAUUAAUUUCUGAAGCUGAAACCUAUGGGUACAGUCUCGCUGCCCUCUUGUGGUUUUGAGGUCUUGUGUUUCCAGUGGGACACCUGCUGGAAAUCAAUUGUAUUGCAGCAUGAAGGAAAUCUCAAAGAACCAAAAAAUGUGGUGAAGAACACACUGGAUGUCCUGUGAACUUUAAUUAUCACCUGUGAUUUGCAAAUGACCGUUUUCUUCAGGUCAAUGACUUUAUUAAUAACUGAAAUCUCUGGAAAGCUAAAUACUGUGAUAUUAAACACUAUCCUUUAAUACUGGAUAAAAUGCAAUGAACUUACACCUUUGAAGAAUUAUCAUGCAGGCGAGCACAAAGGGGAUUUGCUGUUUUCACCUGUUGCUUAGUUUGAGUUAACUCCUGUAUAGAACAUUGCACAACUGGUAAUGACCUCAGUCAUUUUAGCUUUAUAAAACUGAUUCUCACUCCUUUGUUUCUUGUCAAUGUUGGGAAUGUGUUUUUUAAAUCUUUUGUUAGUGUGAAAAUUAACAGGGUGGUUUUUAAUUUAUACUUUGAUGGGAAGGAACUGCAUUGUAUUGUUAUUCCCUUUGAAUGUAGGUCAAUAUUUGCUGCUGGGUUGUUUUAUUUUAAUAAAACUGAAGUCUUCCUUUUAAUACACUGGCACCAGACCACAUCUCAUCACUGGUGAACGAUCCAAUUGGUGGUAACUUGACAUCAUUUAAUUAGCAAGUGAUAAUCUUCCCCAGAAUAAUGCCAUUAAUUGGGGUAAGAUUUUAACCGUUUUGGAAAUAUACCAUUUGUAUGCCAACAAGCAAAUUGCUGUGGUGACAAUAAUGAAAAAAAUGUUGCAAAUUAAUUGUGCACCUUAAAUUGAAAUGGCAAAAAUGAGACCAAUGUGAUACCAGAAUCUGUUCUGCAUAAUGCAGAACCACUCUGUUAGAUGAUGACUUUAAGUCGCAAAGGUUUGUGUUAUAAUUAAUAGGUUGCUAAGACUUGAACAAUUUUGAACUAAAAUACUGCAGAUGGUAGAAAUCUGGUUAGAAAUACAUAUUCUGCAAUACUAAGCAAGUCAUGCCGCAUAAGAUAAUGUUUCAGGUUGCUGACCUUUCUUCUAAAGGCCCGAUGAAAUCUCAUUAAACUGAAACCUUAACUCUGUUUUUCUCUCCAUUGAUACUGUCUGACUUGUUGAGUGCUUCCAGCAUAUUCAGUUUUAACUUCACGACUCAAAUGUUGAAGUUGUUGUCCUAUUGUUCGGCAUCAUUGCUCUGCUGUCAGUUAAAAUUAGACUCAAAAGAUUACAUAACAAUGAUGUAAAUUGGGUCAUUUAAUUAUAAUGAUAAGAUUGACAUGCUUUACAGAAAGGUCAUUCAAACCAAAUUUGGAGUGAUGUGAAUGGAAAUUAGCCAAAUUUGGUACGCUUACAGAUUGAUGCUUGUGCUCUGAGUGUCUUUACUUUUAAAACAUGGAAGGAUUUGCUGCUCAUUAAGUGAGUAAAUGAAUGUGGUUUGUGGUACAAAGCCAAUCAUCUGAGAAGAUUCCGAGUUGGUGUUGUGUGCUGGACCACAUCAUCUUGUCAGCUGUCCUCAAGUUGAGAAGAGGAAAAGGAUUCAGAAAGUCUUGAAUUUUGAGCACAUGUGUGGAUGCGUUUGUGUUUAGUGGUGAUGCCUUGCAUAUCAUGCCAAAAUACUGAUGAUAUCAAGUCAAGGCAAAAAAAUGUAAUAGAGAACACAUAAUAGAGAACACACUGCAAAGCAUUACAUAUUCAGAAGCACUAGAAAGAGAGAAUUUCUAUAUUCUUGCAGGCAAAGAUUUGUCACAUGUCAAUGUCAGAAGAUUGAAUCAGGCCCAGGAGAUAAUGUGCAAGAAGGAACUAUCGUGUUUCCAUCAGCAUCAUGAUAUGCAAUCAUAUUUAUUCAAGAGAAUAUUUGAUUAGGUUGGGAUUUUUUUACCAUCCCUAGACAGCACAUAUGGCUUCGAUUUAACAAGUGGUCUGAAAGUUGCAAAUCCUCAAAAGUUGCAUUUUCUAGAUUGAGCUGUGUUUAGCAGUAC